UAAGGAAAUAAAAAGUGUAUUUAUUAUGUGUUAUAAUAAAUUAAAAUUUGUUACUUUUAGAAAAAAUAAACAUAAUCUUACUAAUAUACACUUAAUUCUUUGUUUUAGGUCUCACUCGAUGAGAUGUCACCCACUCACCGUAUCAAUGCCACAUCACACUAAUUUAAUGUAUAUUUUUUGCUAUAUUGAUCAAAAACACUUAUUGCAUUCAUUCUCCACAAAUAAAUAUUAAUAUUUAAUUUAAUGAUUAUACAAGCAAAUCUCGCGACAACAAAAACACUUUCUCCAUCCCACACCCCUUUCUCUGUAGAUCCCAGGCCUUCCUUUUCCAUCUCAAACAAAAAAAAAAAAAAUACAAAAUAAAGUAGUUGACAGCUAUUUUUGCUAUAUCUUGAGAUUUGGGCACACAUUUUGUAUUUUUUUUUUUUUUGUUUGAGAUGGAAAAGGAAGGCCUGGGAUCUACAGAGAAAGGGGUGUGGGAUGGAGAAAGUGUUUUUGUUGUCGCGAGAUUUGCUUGUAUAAUCAUUAAAUUAAAUAUUAAUAUUUAUUUGUGGAGAAUGAAUGCAUGUGCCCAAAUCUCAAGAUAUAGCAAAAAUAGCUGUCAACUACUUUAUUUUGAAAAUCAAAACAGAGACACCUGCAUUCAAAUUUUCUCUUCUCUUCUCCAAGGCCUAUUAUCUUUUCCAUUCAUUCUUCAAUCUACCACCAUCCACUACCUUUCCAAGCUUCUUCCGGUCGCAACGUUCAUGAAUCAGAAAAAUGGUAACUAUUUUGGCGUUCUCUACUAUGAGAUCAUUCAUCUGACCAAACUUUCACAUUCCGUGGGUUCGUCUUCCUGCUGUCGUGGUCUUCUUCUUCAACGGUAUUUCUAUGAUUCAUUCUUCUCAAUUCAUAAUUGUAUGACUUGCUGGCAUCCCCCUCCACAGUCUCUAAAGCAGUCUUUCAAAAUAACUAUAGCCUAUAAGGACCAGAAAUGACCCAUUUACAGAAAUGAGGGACCAAAAUAAGACGAAAACUUUUUCAAGGGCUAAAUAAAAAAUUUCCAUUAUUUGGGGGACAAAAUGUUUAAGGCAUAAAAUAAAGAAGCUAAACAUGUAAGGCUAGGACUCCCUUCAAAUUGGUCGUUUUUUAAUUUUUUUUCUCUCUUUGCGUCCUACACCCUCACUAGAGUUAUAUUAGCAAGAGUGAAGUGUGUAUCAAUAAGAUAAAUCAAACUUAUGUCAGCCUUAUAAGUACAUAAAAAUUGAUAGAAUUAAGUAAAACACAGCAGACAAGCAAAAAAAACUGUUGAUGAUAAUACCAAUCUUUAUUACAUUCAUUAAACUCAGCUGUUGAGUGAUGAUGUCUUACCCCAUAACAAAAUAGGCGAAGUGGCAAUUUGUGCUCAGAGGAAUCCUCUACCAUGUUAAUAGGCAACAUCAAAGGUGAUUCUUUUUGCCGGGUUUGGACAUCAGCCC